CCCCCCCCAGUGAGUGCUUUACUAAGUUAAGAAGUCCCAUGCCCUGUCUAGACCUACAUUUGCUUUGCCCCGGGAGGUGUUUUGGACUGAAGAUCAAACAGAGCUUGAGAUGCCAUGGGAAGAUUUCUCCCUGAAGACUCUUUCUAGUGUGCUGUGAAAUUAAACAACCUUACAUUAUUAAACAGCUCUGAGUGUGUUUCAGGCAGGGGAGCAAAUGGGCUCUUCAGUCGUUUCUUGACUGCCUUGGUGUCAGGAAGGAAUAACAUUGGGGUAGGGUUUGAAAAACUGAUCUCUUCUCAGCAUUAGAAAUUGAAGGAUUUGGAGAUCUGGGGAUGAAGCUUCCCAGUAGAAUGCUUGCCUGGCAUGCACAAGGCCCUGGGUUUCUAACACUCCACACAGUGGGCCUGGUGUUACAUGCCUGUAAUCUUUGGGCUGGCAAGGUAGAGGCAGGAGGAUCAGAAGUUCAAGGUGGUCAUUUGACAAUAUAGUGAGUUUAAAGCUAGUCUGAACCACAUGAGACCCUGUCUCAAAAAAGGAGUAUUUGGGCUUUGAAGUUAUAGGUUGUGUUUAUUUAAAACUCUAUAUGCUACAUGGGGUAGACAGGAACUCGCUCUAUGCAAGUGAGGGGAUUGCAGUUUGUCUACCUCGUAGUCUGGAACUUGAGGAGAUGAGCGUUUGAAAUGUCUGCCUGGAGAGAAGCACAGGUGCACGCCUGAGGCACCCAGCCCUGCCUCACCAGUUUGUCCAGAUAUUUAUGCCCAGAGUAGUUCAGGGGAAUGUCUGCUUUCCCUGGGGAUAUGGAGCUGUGCAUAGGUCAGCCACGUGGGUACUGUGUCUUGAGUGAUUCUCACCAGAAGUCCUGCCCCCUCCACUCAGGUGACCUCAGGGCUGCAGUGUUUUCUGAAAAGCAACUGUGUGAUGUGUUUCGGGAAGGGACACUGCGAAACUUGCACACGCUUUCCCCUGGAUUUUACCUUCUGAGCUUUUUUUUUUUUUUUUUCCUUUCUUUGCUGAUUGUAUUUUCUAUCCCUGUUUCAUAAUAAACAUCUACAACUUUAACUCCUUCUGAGUCCUAGAAAAUCAUUGACCCUGAAGCAGGAAUGCCUCAGAAACACAGGAGUCAUCUGAAAACAAGAUCCGGCCAUGUAGCCCAGGCUGGCUCCCAGCUAAUCCUCCUAUGUCCAGUAUCCCUAAUGCUGAAAUUACAGUGAAAUGGCCAAACAGUGUGAACAGUGCUGGAAGAGGAAAACAGAAGUGUGGAAUAGUUAACGGACAGUUGAUAUUACAUUUUAAGUCAUCAUCUCUAUUAUCUGGUUAAGACACAUAAGAUGUUCCACAAGACAGAGGAAUUCUUUCCCAAGAAGAUGGAGAGUGAUGUGGAUGACAUGGACACGUCAGACACACAGUGGGGCUGGUUCUACCUGGCGGAAUGUGGCAAGUGGCACAUGUUUCAGCCGGAUACCAACAUUCAAUGUUCAGUUAGCAGUGAAGAUAUCGAAAAAAGCUUCAAAACAAACCCUUGUGGCUCCAUUUCCUUUACCACUUCCAAAUUCAGCUACAAGAUAGACUUUGCAGAAAUGAAACAGAUGAAUCUCGUCACUGGAAAACAGCGCCUAAUAAAAAGGGCCCCUUUCUCCAUCAGUGCCUUCAGUUACAUCUGUGAAAACGAGGCCAUCCCCAUGCCAACACACUGGGAGAACGUGAAUACUGACGUUCCCUACCAGCUGGUUUCCCUGCAGAACCAAACGCACGAAUAUAAUGAAGUUGCCAGUCUUUUUGGGAAAACAAUGGAUCGCAACCGAAUUAAAAGGAUUCAAAGGAUUCAAAACUUAGACUUAUGGGAGUUCUUUUGCAGGAAAAAGGCUCAGCUCAAGAAAAAGAGAGGUGUCCCUCAGAUCAAUGAACAAAUGCUAUUUCAUGGUACCAGCAGUGAAUUUGUGGAAGCAAUUUGCAUUCACAACUUUGACUGGAGAAUCAAUGGUGUGCACGGUGCUGUCUUUGGAAAAGGAACCUAUUUUGCUAGAGAUGCCGCAUACUCCAGUCGUUUCUGCAAAGAUGACAUCAAGCAUGGGAACACGUUCCAGAUUCACGGCGUCAGCUUGCAACAGCGACAUCUGUUCAGAACCUAUAAAUCCAUGUUUCUUGCCCGAGUGCUAAUUGGGGAUUACAUAAACGGAGACUCCAAAUACAUGCGGCCUCCUUCCAAAGAUGGGAGCUAUGUGAAUUUGUAUGACAGCUGUGUGGACGACACCUGGAACCCAAAGAUCUUUGUGGUUUUUGAUGCCAACCAGAUCUACCCUGAGUACUUGAUAGACUUUCACUGACCCCCCUUUCCAGGCUCAGUGGUCAAAGCUUUGCUCUCUCAUUGCAGGAGGAUUUGGCCCCGUCCUCUAGCCGCUAAUAUAAAUAUUGGAUACUUUUGAAACAGAUACAGAAUAGAAUGCGACCUCAGUGUAUAAAGAAGUACUGGCUGUCAGGUUGGUUAAAUUAUAUGUUGUUCUGUUUCUGUAUGUUAACGGUUUUGUUAAAGGCCGAUGCUGUUGCCAUUCUAGCACAUGAGAGUGAGAGACACUGCUCAGAACCAAAUAGGCUGAGUCUCGUUUCCGAGGCCAGGCGGUCUUCAAAGUUCUAGUGUGUGACUGGGUCAAAUGAUUUUAGUUUUUGUUUCCUAUUAGGAGACCUGGCGCUUUAUAAGUUGAAUUUUGACAUCACUGCCUAGCAAUGAGCUUGUCCCUGUUGGUCUUCUGAAGGGGUCAUUUAAAAUCCUGAUAAACAGUCCCUGGUGCUCAGAGAAGUAAGAAACAAGGACACUGUCUGCCAGACUAGCAAACAAGCUAGCAGAAGAGAGACCAAGACAGAGCCUGCCUCCCCCUGCUAUAGGAAGGCCGGCUGCAGCCCCGGAGCAGCUCGCCAUUCUCACCCGCGCGUCCCCCUUCCCCCCCCCACACACACACAGCUGAGCUGACCAUUGCUGCUGACGUCACUAGCUCACAGUUCAGCCUCCAGCACUCUGCGGUCCCUGCCCCAAGAUGUUUAUUUUCUCUUUGUUUUGCAGGCCCUGCAGUGAUCACUUCUAAGAAGCUUUAUCUGCCCCGUCCCCCACAAACACACACAGCUGUUUCAGGUGAUUGCUAACAACCCAUAUCUCUUAGUCAUUGGUGUCUUUCUGUUUGAAUGACUGUGGAGAACACGGGAUCCUGGGAUGGAGUCUGACUUUUCCUUCAGAGUAGUUACUGACAAUCCCCAACUCCUGAGCAGCUGUGUACAGCUUAGAUUGGGCUUGUGGCCUUGCACACUGGUCUGCUUGCCUGCUGCUCUGUCCUGAAGAUGGCGUGAUCUGUGCCAGCUUCCUGCCUGUAGGUGUUCUGGCAGAGGCAAGACAACACUAAGACAGGACAGUCUUGGUGUUCCGGUAUCAGACAAGGAGCCGCCUAUAUGACUGUCUCCCCAGUGCUGCUCUUUUCACAGUUCCUUAUGGGAAAGAUCACUCCUCAGGCCAUUCCUCCAGAACUUUCCUAACUCUUUAUACUGAACUCUGUUUCUGUUUUCCCCACCCAGCUCUGGCUACGAGUAAGUGAGCACAAUUUAGCUUCUAGUGCCCAUGUCUGUAUUGUCCUCUUCAGUCAUUUGAAUCAGGAAGUCAAGAAUUAAUACAUGUACGGAACAGGAUUAGGGAUAGUAAUUCUUUCAGCUACUUAUAGCACCAGAUUUUCUUCAUGGCCAGAAUAUGUAUAGUUGUGCAGCCGGGAAGUACGUGAACAGCACACAGGAAACCGUAUGCGCAGUACUUUGGGGCACUGUGGUAAUAAUAAUUUCCUGGCUCCGUGUGUAGGCCCACCAUUGGUUUAAGAAAGGAUAGAAAGGACACACGUCAAAACCAACAGAGGGACUGCAGCCUGACGGCGAGUGUCUAGACGGCCUCCCAGCUCACAAGAAUCUGUUAGAGGCAUGAGAAGUCAGGGCCACUCUCUUCUAGUUCCUUUCUUCGCUUCUGUUUUGGUUUGGUUUGGUUUGGUUUGGUUUUUGUUUUUAUGAGAGAGGGUUUCUCUGCGUAGCCCCGGCAGCCCUGGAACUCGCUCUGUAGACCAAACUGACAUGCCAAGUGUUGAAGCCCCUCUUUGUAUGUGGCUGUCUCCCCCAGUUCCAUGCACACUUCUCUUAAUACUUGAAUGGAAUGAUUGUUGUAGUUGGGAUUGUUUCUUUUUAGACUUGUGUAUCCGUGUCAGGGCGACUUGGGAACGCAGGCAGCCUGUGUGAUCAGUCCCCCUCAUUGGUUUGCAUGAGGCCGGCAGGGGUGCACCAGAGCGGCCACCGUACAGAAGCAUUGCUCUGCUGUUGAUGGAGUGCACUCCCAGCCCCGCUUUAUAAGAAAGAAGUGAUUUUGAUACGUGUUUUAAAAUAUAAUAAUGUAGAAUGAACUCAUGUUAAAGUUUUACUUGUUUUGUCUGUUACGUGGAUAGAAGAGCAUCACUCCCUCUGCUCAUCAAAUCCAGGGGGAGGGAGAGCAAGGGAAGCCAUUACGAAGUGAUGAGCUGUGCCACAGACUGGCUGAGUAAAUUCCAUUGAGUGCAAACUUGUCUUUUCUCUGUGGGGAGUCUAGCCUCGGGGUAAAAAGAAAUGUGUUUGUGAAAAACAUUUUUAAAAACCUUUUAUCUGCCACCAGAAACAUUUGAGAUUAGUGGAUCAUUUCAUUUCUAGACUGGUGGUGGUGGUGGUGGUGGUGGUGGUGGUGGAGAAUUCUGCUAUUUAAUGUCUGAGUGUAUUGUUUUCACAGUUGUUGAUUAAAGUUUUCUGUAUCAGG